UGUCAUUGGUAUUCUCGACUGCCGGAUUUUGCACAACGGCGAAAAUAACCAUUCGCGACACCUCCCUCCCUUUUUCCACUCUAGUCUUCUUUCUGAUUGGUGGUCGGUGGGCAGAAGGGGACAUGAGAGGCCUCUUAAGCUUCAAAGCAGCAGCAGCGGCAACCGUACCGAAAUUACCAUUCUGCCACCUUGGUCCAUUCCCCUUUGUUGCUUUUACUAAAAGGACUCUCCUCCCCUAUAAAACCGUCUCUUCACAUCCCCUCCUUUCUUUUUCCCAUCCUCCCCGUCAUCAUCUGUCCUCUCAGAAUCCCAUUUCCGCCUCUUUCCGGUUCGUCGCCGCAGCAGCAGAGCAAGCAGCAUCCAUGGCGGCCCCAUCCACUGCAGAGCCCAAGCCCUUCGCCGUGCUCUUCGUUUGCCUCGGCAACAUCUGCCGAAGCCCUGCCGCGGAGGCCGUGUUCAGAGACGUUGUCCGCAGGAGGGGAUUGGAGACCAAAUUCUGGAUCGACUCUGCCGGCACCAUCGGCUACCAUGAAGGUAAUCCAGCGGACUCAAGGAUGAGGGCGGCAUCAAAGAGGCGUGGGAUUGAGGUGACUUCGAUCUCGAGGCCAAUUCGCCCCUCUGAUUUCAAGGAGUUUGAUCUCAUACUAGCCAUGGACAUGCAAAACAGAGAUGAUAUAUUGAGUGCCUAUGAGAGAUGGAGAUUUAAAGAGCCCCUUCCUGAAGAUGCCCCAAAGAAGGUUAAGCUGAUGUGCUCCUAUUGCAAGAAACACAAGGAAACUGAAGUCCCAGAUCCUUACUACGGAGGCCCUCAAGGAUUUGAAAAAGUCUUGGAUCUUCUGGAAGAUGCUUGUGAAGCACUACUUGACAGCAUCCUGGCAGAGAACACUCAUAUUUCUAUUUCAUAGUCCCAUAUAAAAGAAUAGCUUGAAAAAAUUGAGGGAGAUGUUCUUUCAGUGAAUCCAAAUUAGCCCAUGCAUUUGAUCAUCUUUUCAAUUUUAGUGCAUUCAUGCUUGUAGAUUGUUAUGGCAAAUGAGUUACUACUCUUGUGAGCUGUAUUGAUAUUUCUUUGAGAUGGUAGAAUUGAAUAUUCUUGAUGAUGGAAAUUUAUUUUCUCACGGUGAUCAAGGGAAAUGCAGAAUCCUUGUAUUUAUGUCCAAACAUAGGGAAACAGCUUUUUAAGUUUUCGUGUAAAGUUCCCAUUCAAUAUAGGAAAUGUGGUGCUGAUGAACA